AUGUCGAACUUCAAGGACAAAGUAAAAAGUUCCUGGAAUACGCGAAAUAAAGAUGGUAAACUAACAAAUAGGUUGAGAGACGAUUUCAAAGGUCUGGAUCAAGUAGCUGGCUGGAUGGGCAAAGAAAGGGAUCAGAAAACGACAAAUGAUCGCGAAUCCCGCGUUGCGGUGAGCUAUAAAGACCCUUCUACAUUCAAGCCACCUCCAAAAAGAAUAAACUCAUAUGUAGAUACUACCAUCCAAAAUCAUGCCACCUCAGAUAUAAAAGAAAGUCUAUCUACAUGGCCGAGCGAGAAAAAGCAGAUAGGGGACCUUGAAGAAAGAAAGUUACCACCACCUGUGCCAUCUCGCGAUAAUAGCUCAGGGUCUAAACCUUUACAGAGCACCCCUCGAAAUUUCCACCUUAACGGAUUGGAUGGUGAAAGACGAAAUUCGGAAAAUUGCCCUGAAGCAAAGCCUGGGCCACCUCCGAGGCUUCCCCCAAGAAAGGCUUCAUCCUUAAUCGCCUCCUCUGUAUCUGACAGCCUUGAUUUACCAAAAGAGAUCUCGAAAAAUGGGCCCAGUCUUUCCGGGGGUGCCUCAAUUAAACAGUCCUGCCUUCAAUCAUCGGCUCUAGCAAGAUCAUAUCUUUCUACGCCCCGAAACGUAUCACCUCUAGAAAAUGUUCAAUCUUGUCCUUCUACCAUCACAUCGCUAACCUCUCCUAAAUCUGCUAGUGUUAGUGAGGGAACGACCUUUGCUGAGAAACGGGCUGCUCUCAAAACCGUAUCAUCUUUACGAAAUAAUCCAUCGUCUGUUUCUUUUCACGAUGUUAAAACAGCUGCAGGGACUGCAAAGAGUUUUCAAGAAAGGCAUGGUAAUCAGGUCAAAACUGGGCUGCAUUUAGCCCAGAGGUUACAAGGCAAUCGAACAUCUGAUGAAGUCGAAAGUCCUCAGCAUGCUACAGUAGCAGGCACUCGACUUCGAUCUUUUGAUCAGGCCGGAAGCUUCGCUAAAACUGUCAUAGAUAGGAAAGUACCACCGAUUCCUCCGAGGAAGAGGGUCAAUCAAGUCUCUCCUAAAAUAGCUACCAACUAUGAGCCUCCGUCAAUUCCUAUCCAUACAAAGCCAAAGAUUCAGUCAGUCUAG